AUGCCAGUCAUUGCAAGACACAGGCUGCAAACAAGAGUACUCUUCGGCCAGUACGAGCAGCUGAUGAUGGAGAUGAAGAUUGCUAACCACACCAGCUUCAAGAACGUCCUUCUCCUCGAGCCGCAAAUGUUCUAUGAACUGUUGGAGAGAGUUGGUCCUUGCAUUCAACGCCAAGACACCUUCUGGAGGAAGGCACUUCAUCCAGGCUUGAAGCUAGCCUGCACUCUGAGGUUCCUGGCCACUGACUGCGCAUACAAGUCUCUGAUGUACAACUUCCGAGUAGCGCACAACACCCUUGCAAUGUUCAUCCCGGAGGUGUGUGAAGCAAUUAUUGCAGAAUAUGCUGAUGAGGUCCUCGCCAUACCUACCACCAUACAGGGUUGGCUGGACAUUGCUGACAUUUUCUCCAGAAGAUGGAAUUUUCACCACUGCCUUGGAGCUACAGACGGCAAACACAUCGCAAUCAGAUGUCCUUCCAGAGGCAGAUCAACAUAUUACAACUAA